AGCCCUACUGCGCCAUUGAUGGCAUGACGUGCACUUUUUCACGUUUGAUCUGCAUGGUUUUUAAUAAUUCUAUCAUUUUUAUUUCUAAGACAGAAACAACCAAAGUGCUGCUCCAAGUUUCCAGUGCAUCCUUUAUAUUUAGGGAUAAUUAAAAACACAUCCGGGUCCUUGAUAGUUGCUGUUUUGAUGAUUAGUGGAAUGAUAGGAUCUAUAGAGCUCAGAAGCAAAAGUGAAAGUGUCCUUAUAAACUAUAUAAAAAGAAAGUAUUUCCUUAUUCGGAUAAACCGCAUGUGAAGCUGUGAAGCUGAAAAUGGGUAAUAUGCAAUAUAACCAGACUAUGAAGUAUUUUACUGUUGCACUUGGAUGCACAUUAAGACAUCUUGGGAAUAUAGAACAGAAUUUCCAGGAAAUCAUUCCAGCUCUACAGAAUGUACAGAAUCCAGAGGACUGUGAUUUCAUUAUGGCUUUCUGCCCUGUUGUUGCUAUUAAAGCAGCAGAAAAUAUGCUUAAUACCCUACCAGAUAACAAACCUGCAGUUCUGAUGGUGCUUCAUCACACUCGUGAUCCAGAACAUAUUGUACCAGACAGCAGCAGAUUAGUAAAUAGACAGAAUACGAUCACAGUCGACUGUCUGUUCCAUGAAGAUCAGGGAUUACUGAAGUGUCAUAAGAACAAUGAAGCACUGUCCAAAGUUGUAAACUGGCUGCAUCCCAAGGGUGAUGAAAAUCCUGAAAAGAACAACAUACACUUUGAAAUAUCAGGGACUACUGAUGUGUAUGAAAAUGACAAAGCAUUGUCCAAAGUUAUAGAAUUUUUUGAGGAAAUGCAGGGAGGGACACCGAGUAAAAGUCCAUAUCAUCAGCCUUCUGGUAACCAGAUGUUGAUGCCUUCUCGUCUAACAUACUUCACUCUAAUGACUGGAAACACAUUAGAACAUCAUGUGGACAUAGAGAGGAAACUUCAGGAACUAAUACCAGGUCUGCAGAAGGUGAUGAAAUUGGAAGAGUCUGAUUUAGCUCUAGUUUUCUGCCCUGUUGUUACACGAGCUGGAACUGACACUGAAGCAGCAGUAGAGAUGCUCAAUACCCAAGCAGGUGACAAACCUGCAGUUCUGGUGGUGCUUCAUCACACUCGUGAUCCAGAACUUAUUGUACCAGACAGCAGCAGAUCUGUAAAUAGACAGAAUACGAUCACAGUCGACUGUCUGUUGAAUGAAGUUCAGGGAUUACUGAGGUGUCAUAAGAACAAUGAAGCACUGUCCAAAGUUGGAAACUGGAUUGAGGAAAGGACAACAAGAAAAAGUAAAAAUCAUCAGCCUUCUUUUAUCCAGAUGUUGAAGUGUCCUCGUCUAACAUACUUCACUCUAAUGACUGGAAACACAUUAAGACAUCAUGUGGACAUAGAGAGGAAACUUCAGAAACUAAUACCAGGCCUGCAGAUGGUGAUGAAAUUGGAAGAGUCUGAUUUAGUUCUAGUUUUCUGCCCUGUUGUUUCACGAGCUGGAACUGACACUGAAGCAGCAGUAGAGAUGCUCAAUACCCAAGCAGGUGACAAACCUGCAGUUCUGGUGGUGCUUCAUCACACUUUUGAUCCAGAACGUAUUGUACCAGACAGCAGCAGAUCUGUAAAUAGACAGAAUACGAUCACAGUCGACUGUCUGUUCCAUGAAGUUCAGGGAUUCCUGAUGUGUCAUAAGAACAAUGAAGCACUGUCCAAAGUUGUGAACUGGAUUAAGGAAAAGACAACAAGAAAAAGUAAAAAUCAUCAGCCUUCUGGUAACCAGAUGUUGAAUAAUACAGAGAAUAUUGUACCAGACAGCAGCAGAUCUGCAAACGGACAGAAUACGAUCACAGCCGACUGUCUGUUGAAUGAAGAAUGGGAAUUACUGACAUGUCAUGAGAACAAUGAAACACUGUCCAAGGAUGUAAAAUUCAAUGAGGAAAAGACAACAAGAAAAAGUAAAAAUCAUCAGCCUUCUUUUAUCCAGACAUUGAAGCGUCCUCGUCUAACAUACGUCACUCUAAUGUCUGGAAAGACAUUAGGACGUCAUGUGGACAUAGAGAAGAAACUUCAGGAACUAAUACCAGGCCUACAGAUGGUGAUGAAAUUGGAAGAGUCUGAUUUCAUUCUGAUUUUCUGCCCUGUUGUUACACAAGCUGGAACUGACAUUGUAGAAGCAUUGAAGAUGCUCAAUACCCAAGCAGGUGACAAACCUGCAGUUCUGGUGGUGCUUCAUCACACCUUUAAUCCAGAACUUUUUGUACCAGACAGCAGCAGAUUAGUAAAUAGAGAGAAUACGAUCACAGUCGACUGUCUGUUCUAUGAAGAUCAGGGAUUACUGACGUGUCAUAAGAACAAUGAAGCACUGUCCAAAGUUGUAAACUGGCUGCAUCCCAAGGGUGAUGAAAAUCCUGAAAAGAACAACAUACUUGGCAACUUCAGAAAAAAGUUGCCCGAUUGGAUGCCAAAAGUCACUGACAGAAAGAAUUGGCCCAAUUUGAUGUCAAAAGACACUGACAGAAAAAGAAAACAUGAUGAAUGAUGAAUACAGAGAAGGCCAUGUCCAGCCUGGACCAUCUUCCAGAUCUUGAAGAUCUCGGUUUUUUCUCAAGAAGCACUGACCAACGCACUACCUAUAAUAUAGCUUAAAUAAAUCAUGUUUAGAACUUGUAAGAUUUAUUUAUGUAAAAUUGACUCAUCUUCAUUAUGAUUAAUGUCCUUAAAACUGUUGAGUAUUAGCAUGUAGUAGAUGCCUGCUUUUAUUUGUGGCUCUCUCUAUUCUUCAUACAAGCAUGAACAGUGGACAAUGUAAUGUUCUUUAUGAUAAAUACACUGAAUAAAUGAAAUACUUAAUAAUUAUAAUAAGCAGUAUAUUAUGAUUUAAUGCAUUUAGAUGUAUUGUUAUGUAAAAGUAAAAAUAUAUAAAUGAAACAGUAGGGUUCAUGUUGCUGUAGUAAUGCCAGGUAUAAUGCAGUAUGAUAUAACACAUUAGUUAUUGCCUGUUACUGUGUGAAAAACAAUAAAUGUUCUUGAAGCA